AUGGCACUGACAGCGACCCUCUGCACCACCAAACCCAGCCCGUAUUACAGGCCCCCUGAGCUCCAGAUAAAGGUCCUGUUAAUUAAAGAUCAGGCAAGAGUCAUCGCCUGGGAGUUCAGGCAGAGCUCUGCGGUGGCUAAAACCACAAAGAAUAAUAGAAUUGUGGCCAUCACGGACGGGGAGACGGUGACAAAAAUCACCAUCUUUGAGGAGUUCUCCUCCAAGAUCACGGAGGGGAAAAGACGGGCUUAUGGAGCAGGCGAGAGCCCUCCUCUGUCCCCCGUCCUUAAAGACAAACCUGCAGAAGGUGAAGGACAGCAAGGGCCUCCUCACAGUGGAGGGGGACAUUGUGCAAGUAUGCUGAUUCUGUUCAUAAGCCUUUCAGCUGUGAAAAAAGUCCGCAGUGGGAGAGAGGAGGUGCCACUGAGAGAGCUGAAGCUCCGGCAGGAUACAUCUGAUGUCACCAUCAACUUGUGGCGUGAUGCUGCCGUUGAGGAGCUGGUGCUUGGCAGCACAUAUAGUUUCUCGCACCUGACAAGUAGGGCUGCAGGGGGUCAGCUGCAGUCAACGGCCCACACCAACAUAAAGAUGGUGACCGUGACACAGGAGGCAGUCGGGGUGGAGGUCCUGGGUGUUGCAGAGGGCAGCACAGAAGGACAGCUGGAGGUCCUGCUGUCCAACGGAGCUCUCCUGGACAUCCAGGAGAGUUUGUGGGAGCCAUUCGAGGCUUGCCUGGAAAAAGCCAGGCUUUAUGUCACCAUAAAAUGUGCAGGGAGAAAAAAUUUACAAAUGGUGGCAGUACAAAAACCCUCCCCCCCAUUAGAGUAG